GUCACUCUUUGUAGUAUUCUAAUAAAGCUAAGUAGUCAGUGCGUUGUUUACUUUUUGUAUUUUUUUAUUUUUUACAACUUUUGCAUGAAGGAAUAUCAUGUCGAAUCAAGAAAUUAGUUUAAAGUGGAAUGGCUAUCAGAACAACAUAUUGUGUAACGUCAAAGAGCUUUUUAAAGACGAAGGAUUAUCUGAUGUCACCCUGGUGUCUGAAGGGCUAAGCUUUAAAGCUCAUAAAGUGAUAUUAUCAGCUAACAGUUCCGUAUUUAGAACUAUCUUCCAGCAAAACCCCCACAGGGAUCCAAUUAUAGUACUUCAUGACAUCAACACGAACUCUUUAAGGACAUUACUAACGUUUAUGUAUAACGGCGAAGUGAAUGUUACCGAAGAAUCUCUACCAAUUUUGUUAAAAACAGCUGAAACACUAAGAAUUUGCGGACUCUCCACCGGUAGUGAAGCUAGCCAUGAUGCUGAGAAGUCAGCUAGUACUACUACCCAGGCAAACUCAAAAAAACGUAAGAGUGAACAAGAGGACAAUAAUAACAAAAUUAAAAAACCUUCCACUAUCAUGACAGUUGAUCCGUGUAAUUUAAGGCCUGAUACAAAAAACAAUAAUAUAAUGCCGAAAGUGGAACCUGUGGAUUCGCCUCUUACUGAUGACUCUGGUGAAAACACAAAUGAUACUGACAUAGCGAUUCUUGAUGACAAUAUGGAUAAGAAAUACUCUAUCACCUCUUCACCAAAAUCCCACUGUAGUGACACUAAUGGAAAAAAGUGUAUUAACGAAGUCAGCAGCACUCAGCCAUGUUUAAAUACUUGUGAUACUGAUGAUAAAGAGAUUGAGAUUGAUAAGGAAGUUGAAACUGUCAUUCAGAGUGGAACAAUAGUGGAAUCACUUAAUAUAGCCACAGAGAAUUUGAACUUGUUGUCAAAUGAGGAUAUUAAAGAUAAGUCUGGUACCUCCUAUGCAAAUCCAUCAUUUCCCUGCCCAUUCUGUCCACGGGUCUACAAUAGCUGGGGAUAUCGAAGGAGACACGUUAAGUCUCGACAUAUGACUAACAGACUAUCCUGCAAAUGGUGCGUAUCAGUAUUACCAACAACUGGAGCGUGGUAUUCCCACGCCACCAAAACCCAUGGGGUUCCCCACGAAGAAGCCAGAAACUCACUUGUUGUGAUGGUAGAAGCUCACGCUGUAUUGACCCUGAAUGAGCCUAGUGUAGCCCAAUUAUUGGGACAAGUAGGCAUGGACCCAAAUGGAACUGUGAGUGAGAAAAAUUAAAUAGCUUAUAUAAAUUACCACCAGAUGGCACAAAGUUCUUUGAUCACUAUUAAUAAUCAAAGUAAAAAUUCUAUAUACUUAUAUAAAAAUGUCAUAAAGUAACUAAGUAUCUUUGUAAACCAUUCGCAGCGCACAUAUUUACCAAAUUAUAGUAUUUAGAAGUAAAAGCUAAAAAAAAACUUACACUACUGUCUGUAUGUGGCUAGUUGGCUGUGGCAAUUGGCCUUAAUUCUGUUAUCUGUGUUUUUAAUAUAAACAUUGUCUAACCUUGGAUCGGUAGACCGCUUUGACAGGGGCGCCAUCUGGUGGUGAGAUUUUUAUUUGUUUAAAAUCGUAUUGUGCGUUGUAGGAACUCAAAUAUAAAUUUUUGACAGAUUUAUGAGGCGUAUGAUAUGGUGCCUUCUGCCCAUUUUUCAUUUUUCAGCCUGUUUUUAUGUGUGACUUUUGGUCUGUAAUUUGAAAAUUGAUAAAUUUAAAUGUCAAAUAAUAGAAAACCUUUCUGACCUAAAUAAUAAUAUAUAUUGUUAAAACAUACUUUGCAUUUUGAGCCGUUUCUUAGUUUCCUACAAGGCACAAAGAUUUUGAUUUUAAAACUGUUUUUCAUAUAAAUUUUAAUAUCAUACACAUGUAUGUAAACAUUUAUAAAAAUAUUCAUUGAUAUGGCUCAUUAUAAAUUUAUAUACUAUAUUUUCGAAGUAUUUUAUAUAUGUACAGCGUAUGUAUGUAUAACAGUAUAUUAUUAUAUACAAAAUAUAUCUUUUUAUAAAAAUUCGUCAAUUAAAUUAUCGUCAAUACUAACAUCGGUCACCGAUUUUAAAUAUGCCAAAGGUAUAAUACAAUGCUUCAAUGAUUCAACGUUUUUAUCCUAUUGAUACAUUUAAUGUGAUGACUCAGUCUGUGUCAAUAAAAAAAAAAGCUUUCAUCUUGAGUAGUAUUUUGUCUUUUGCUGGUUUCGCUGUGACGAAGAGACUGGUGUAUUUAAUCAAUGUGGCAUUAAAUCGAUUAUUUUUUUCUGAAUUACGUAUUGUUUGUAAUUACGACUUGUUUUUAAGCAAUAAAACAAUUGAAUACAGAUUUAAAAUCCUUUGUCAUCCGCAUAUUAGUGAGAUAAGCCUGGUCUUAUAAUAAUAUAAGUGUGUGUUUAAAAUAAAACUAUUUUGGUGUUCUUACUUUUAAUUGAUCUGUGAGACGAAAUUUUUAGAUUAAUAUAUAUAUAUAUAUAAUUCGAUUUGAAAACAUACAUAAAAAUAUAUAUACUUAUAAUAUUUCGUUUGGCGCCAUCUUGUUUGCGUAAGGCGAUCUAAUUUCUACGGAAUAGAUAAAUAAUAAAGGAAAAAGGUAUGUACGCACCGCAACUUGUCAAGCGUGUUAAACAAUCAAUUUGGCAUAAGCAAAAUUGAUUUUGCUUAUGUAUGAAACAUAAUGGUGAGAAAACGGUCACAAUUAUUGGUACGUCCUUACUUAUUUAUCUAUACUUAACUUGUGAAUUACAUAAACAUUAAUUUUGAUCUCACUUCACUCAAGUCAGAGUUUAGAUUUAAGAACGAGUUUAAUAAAUUGUGUGUCAUAUUGUAUUUUAUAGGAAUAGAUAUAAGAAUUGAACCUAUCUUAUGAGCAAUUAAUUAACCAAAAUAUUUUUGUAAUUCGAGAAUUGUGAUUAUAUACCGCCUCUGGGUUAGGCGUAUAUAUUGACUGGAUGUAUUAUCCGACUGUCCUGGGUUUUGAUUUACCGAGAACUGUGUCGUUUCUCGGCUCUGAAGACUGAUCACCAACUCGCCUGAAAUUACUCGCAUUCAGGACGAGGCUUCAAGUUCAAAAUAAAUCCAUAUUAUUAAGUAAUGUGUGUUAAUUGUAAAGUGCAUUUUGUUAACAAGUUUAAGCAGGCUAUAAGAGAGUUUUGUCGAUAUUUUUAACAGAUUUCGACUCACAUAUUAUGUAGCACAUAAAAAUGAAAGAGAAAUAGAUUUUUCAAACAUUUAAUUCACAGAAAUAAUAUAAUGAAUUAUAUGGAUAGAAUUCUGAAACAUAUCAACUCGUACAAAUGAUUGAUGAGCUUAUAAUAUUUCUAAUCUAAAGCAAUAAAUGUCCUAUUUAAGAAUAUACUCGAUAACACAAGUCCAUAAUAAUAGCAUAGACAUUUUGACUACAUACUCUUUAAUAUAAUAAUUUAAUUUAAGAUGACCACUUAAACUAGGAAACAUAAGCAAUAUUUUUAAGUAAUCUUAAGUUACCAAAGCAAUGUUCGAUGUAAGAUCUACAUAGUCAUAUAGUAUAUUUUUGUAUGAUGAUAGCAUGGUGAUUCAAAAUUGUAAUAACGAGAUAUUAGCGUUUUUACGUAAUUAUAUGAAUGAAGUGAACGGGUUUUAUCGCACUUUGAUAUACAUAUUUGUUGUCAUUAAAAAACAAUAAUUUAAUUUUUUCAAAGAAAAAAAAAAUUAGAUUAGAUACAUGUUUAAAAUCUUAGGGCGAUGUAAUCCGUUUCUUUGAAAUCGAUUAAAAUAACAAUCUUAUGACCUAACCUGUAACUCAUGGCUUUAAAGUUAAUCAGAUGUAAUGCAGUGAGAAUGUAUUUUAAGACAAAGGAGAUUCAAAUAUAUUUUUUACGAACUA